AUGCAAGCACAUAACCUGCUGUCGAGGAACACUAACGAUAUCAGAAGAAAUAACAAUCAAGCACAGCUCAAUGAUGGCACAAGUUCGGUUGGUCGUCCUUCGUUAAUUAUUUCAAGGGAGCAAGUCGAGUAUUUGAUGGAUUGCAAUUUCACAGUCAAAGAGAUGAGUGACAUACUCGGCGUAUCCAAAAGAACAGUUGAAAGAAGAAUGAGUCAAUAUCAGCUAACAAACAUGAAUAGGUUCACUGCAAUAAAUGAUGAGCGAUUGGAUGCCAUAGUGAGUGAAAUCAAAAGCUCGUCACCGGAUUGUGGUUCCAAAUUAUUAUCUGGAUAUCUUCGAGCAAGAAAUAUCCAUGUUCAAAGAAGGCGUGUUAGGGAAUCCCUAACUAGGGUUGACCCAUUGGGUAUUCAAGCUCGGCGUUGUAGAACAGUUCAUCGAAGGGUCUAUAAUGUUUCACGUCCUCUUGCUUUAUGGCACUUUGACGGAAAUCAUAAACUAAUACGCUGGCGCUUGGUUGUGCACGGAUGUGUUGACGGGUAUACCCGCAUACCUGUGUACGUAAAGUGCAGCAACAACAAUAAGGCGAACACUGUUCUAGCACUUUUUGUAAAGGCUGUAGAUGAUUGGGGCCUCCCAUCAAGAGUGCGAUGUGACAACGGAGGAGAGAAUGUCGAUGUUACUCGUUAUAUGAUUAAUCAUCCGAUGCGAGGGCCAGAUCGUGGGUCUGCAAUAACUGGCAAAAGUGUACACAAUCAGCGGAUAGAGCGGCUGUGGCGUAAUGUCUUUCAGGGAGUGUUGAAACCGUUUUACAUUCUUUUCUAUUUAAUGGAAGAUUAUGGCAUACUAGAUCCUUGCGACGAAACUGACCUAUG